AUGGGUUGUUGUUCAAGUUAAAGACAUAGUGCAAGAAAAAAAACAUAUUUUACUACUAACAUUAGAACAUUUUAUAGAUUUGGAGCAGUGCUUGGGAAGGGGUCUUUUGGGACAGUAAAGGUUGGUUAUAAAGAUGGACCCGAUGGAGAAUAAGUGUAUGCCAUAAAGACCAUAAAUAAAGUAAGAGUAGCCGAUAAAACAUAAAUGAUUUAAGAAGAGUUUGAAAUACUCAGAAAAAUGGAUCAUCCCAACAUCGUUAGAUUCUAUGAAAUGUAUGAGGAUGAUAUGUUUAUUUAUUUUGUGAUGGAGCAUUGCAAAGGAGGCAAUCUACUGGAGAGAGUAUUAUCAAAAGGCAGCUUUGAUGAAAAUAAGGCAUGUAUAGUAAUGAGGAAGUUGUUUUCAGCAAUAGCCUAUUUGCAUAGUUAAGGCGUGAUGCAUAGAGAUUUAAAACCAGAAAAUAUAUUAUUAUCAAAUGAAAAAGAUGACGCAGAAAUCAAAAUAAUAGAUUUCGGUUUAAGCAAGAAAUUAAAGGAAUCAGACAAAGACAGAAAGAAACAAUUGCAAAGGAAGUAAAGUUAAGUAGGCACUCCAUUGUACGUAGCUCCUGAAGUGGUCACUGGAGUGUAUAAUUAGAAGUGUGAUGAUUGGGCUGUUGGUUGUAUUAUGUACAUUGUAUUGUGUUCUGAACCACCUUUCUUUUCGGAGCACUUGAAAGAAUUACUCUAAAAGAUACAGUUUAAGCCACUUUCAUUCCCUCAAGAGGAAUGGAAGGACAUUAGUUCGGAUUGUAAGAAGAUAGUUUAAGGAUUGCUUCAGAAGGAUCCAGAAAAAAGAUUAACUUGUUCGGAAGCUUUGAAUAGUGAAUGGGCUAAGAAGGCGUAUCGUAAGCCGCUGGAAAUAAAAAUCAAUUAGAAAUAGGGGAACAUUCCUCAAUCCAAUGAUUGCACUCCUGUCAAUACAUCUAAUAUUAAGGGAUUGAAAAGAUAUGCCAAAAGUAAAUAAUUCAAAAGGGAAGUGCUCAGAAUACUGAUCAAUCAAUUAAAUGAUAAGUAGAUUGACAAAUUAAGCUAAAAGUUUAAGGAGUUAGAUAAGGAUGAGGAUGGGUUCAUUACCCCAUAGGAAUUGUCUUAAAUCAUGUCUAAAUUAGGUUUUGAGACUACGAAAAAUGAAAUUGAAUAAUUAAUUCGUAAUAUGAAUCCAGAAGAGCAAUAAGCCUUGUAGAUCAAGUACUCUUAAUUUUUGGCUGCAACUCUGGAUUUGAAAUAGUAUUUGAAUAAGGAAAGAUUAUGGAGUUUAUUUCGUUAUUUUGAUGUUUAAGAUAAGAAAUACAUAACCAAGGAGGACGUCGAAUAUGCUUUAAAGAGAGAAGGAAGGGAGGAGAUGGCUUCAGAUAAGAUUUUAAGUGAUUUGAUGAUCCACGAUGGGAAAAUGACUUAUAAAGACUUCUGUUAGUUGAUGCAUGAUGACAUGGAGAGUGAUUAAUUCUUUGAGUAUUUCGAAAAACUGCACGCUUCUCCUGAGAAGCAUAGAAGUAUUAGUAAAACUUGA